CGACUUUCAGCGCUCGAAACAAAUUUGAAUGCGGGUAAUGGUUGAUGUCAAUGAAAUAGUGGUCUUUAGCGACUGGUUUCUAACAGGAAAAUCGGACUUUGUGAUACAAAAAUCCGCGUAUUCGUUUAUGUAAACGGACCACUUUGUUACGAUGGGAGACCAGCGGGGUAAUCUUUUAGCUAGGUCGUUUGGUAGCUAAAAUAAGUAACGUUAGAUUUCAAAACAAAUAGCACUAGUUAGCUAGCUGUCCUAGCUUGUUUUUUAAUGUUUUGACCCUCAUAUAAUAAUUUAAGAUAAAUCGGUAGCUAGAUAAAUCGGUUGGUAGAUAUAUAGAAAAAUAGAAAAAUAAUCCAAACCUUACUUGUUUUGCAUUUUACGUAUUUACACUAUUGAGAUUAAAUAACACAUUUCUGACGUUGGAGCUCUAUGUACAGUGUAACUUAACUUGCUGAAAGGUCAACGACUGGCGAAUGAGACUUAAAAUCUAGCUAGCUAGACUGCAAGUAACGAUAACCAACCAAGUUUUACUAAGCCACACGACAACGCGCAGAGCCAUUAUGAAGAGGAGAGGCGGGCAGGGAGACCCUCAAAAGAGGAGGAAGAAGCGUUGUGAGGAGCCCAACUCUGACGAAGACAACAAAUCUCUCCGGGCAACUAGUCAGGACUCUAGUCAGAGUGACUCCUUCAGCGAUGCUGAAGACCACAGACCAGGGUUCUCCAUGCCUGUGCUAUCCCAGGAUGCACCGCAGACAGAAGAGUCACAACAGGAUUCAUCCAACAAGUUCUCCAUCUACAACAGCGUGUCACAGAAAUUAAUGGCCAAGAUGGGCUUCCGGGAGGGGGAGGGUCUGGGGAAGUUUGGCCAGGGGCGGAAGGAAAUCGUGGAGGCAUCCACCCAGCGUGGGCGCAGGGGUCUGGGCCUCACGCUGCAGGGGUUCCAGGGGGAGCUGAAUGUGGACUGGCAGGAUGAGCCUGAGCCCAGUGCAGUGGAGCAAGUUCAAUGGUUUCCAGAAUGCUCCACUGAGAUCCCUGACGCAGAUGAGCUGAGGGACUGGAUGACUGUGGGAAAGAGAAAGUUGAAGAUAGAGGAUGAGACAGAGUUUUGUUCUGAAGACCUUUUGCACAGCUUGCUGCGGUGCAAGACUGUCUUUGAUGACCUAGAGGGGGAGGAGAUGCGUCGUGCUCGAACGCGGUCAAAUGCUUAUGAAACAAUCCGCGGGGCCUUCUUCCUCAACAGAGCUGCCAUGAAGAUGGCCAACAUCGACCAUGUCUUUGGCUACAUGUUCACCAACCCACGAGACACGCAAGGCAAACCACAGACGCGGGAACGAGAAGGGGAGCUGCUGUAUUUCGGGGACGUGUGCGCGGGGCCUGGCGGUUUCUCAGAGUACAUAUUGUGGCGGAGACGCUGGCACGCGAAGGGCUUCGGGAUGACGCUGCGCGGCCCGAACGACUUCAAGCUGGAGGACUUCUUCGCCGCACCCAGCGAGCUGUUUGAACCAUAUUACGGAGAGGGAGGUGUGGAUGGGGACGGUGACAUCACUCGUCCAGAGAACAUCAGUGCCUUCCGGAACUUUGUCUUGGAGAGCACCGAGCGGCGGGGGCUGCACUUCCUCAUGGCGGACGGGGGGUUUUCGGUGGAGGGACAGGAGAACAUCCAGGAAAUCCUCAGCAAGCAGCUGCUACUGUGUCAGUUCCUGACAGCUCUGUCUACCCUCAGAACAGGUGGUCACUUUGUGUGCAAGACCUUUGACCUGUUCACCCCCUUCAGCGUGGGUCUGAUUUACUUGCUCUACCUCUGCUUUGACCGACUCUCCCUCUUUAAGCCCAUCACCAGCCGGCCCGCCAACUCUGAGAGGUACAUCGUUUGCCGGGGCCUGAAGCCCGGUUCAGACGCGGUCAGGGAGUACAUGUUCGCCGUGAAUCUGAAGCUGAACCAGCUGAGGAACACGGAGAUGGAUGUCAAUGAAGUGGUCCCGCUGGACCUGAUCAAGGGAGACUCGGAAUUCUUUCAGCACAUGGCCACCUCCAACGAAAGUCACUGUGCAGUUCAGAUAAAGGCCCUGGCUAAAAUCCACGCCUUCGUCCUGGACACAAAUCUGACAGAGGCAAAGCAGGCUGAUAUUCGUAAGGAGUGUCUGAAACAGUGGGGGAUCCCUGAUAAGGCUAGAGUGACUCCAGGAUCUUCAGACCCCAAAACCAAAUUCUACGAGCUGAUGAAGGGCUCGGAUAUUGAGUCGUUCAACUCAAAGCCCACCCCCCUGAGCUCCAGCACAAUAGACAAGGUUCACCAUGUCCUGGACUACCGCUGCAUUGUGGGAGGUGGCGAGCAGCUCUUUCUGCUGGGCCUAGGGAAGUCUCAGAUCUACACGUGGGACGGCAAGCUGCCUCUUCGCUGGAAGAAGCUGGAGAACAAAACGGAGCUGCCCAGGGACACCCUGCUGAGCGUGGAGAUUGUACAAGAGCUGAAGGGCGAGGGCAAGGCUCAGCGCAGGAUCAGUGCCAUCCACGUCCUGGAUGCUCUGGUGCUGAACGGAACAGAUGUCCGGGACCAACACUUCAACCAGCGAAUCCAGAUGGUAGAGAAGUUUGUGAGAGCUGUGUCCAAACCCAGCCGACCGGACAUGAACCCGAUCAGAGUAAAGGAAGUGUACAGACUGGAGGAGAUGGAGAAAAUCUUUGUCAGGCUAGAGAUGAAAGUGACGAAGAGUUCAGGAGGCGCUCCUCGUCUGUCCUACACCGGCAGGGACGACCGGCACUUCCUCCCCACUGGCCUCUACAUAAUCAAGACAGUCAACGAUCCGUGGACGAUGGCGUAUAGUAAGAACUCCAAACGAAAGUUUUUCUUCAACAAGCUCACAAAAGACUCAACCUAUGACCUUCCACCCAAUGCUGUGGCCCCAUUCCAUGUCUGUCACUUUGAGCGGCUGUUCUGGGCAUGGGAGGAUGGGGUCAAAGUUCAUGACUCUCAAACUCGUGUGGACCCUGAGAAGCUAUCCAAGGAGGAUGUGCUAGCCUUCAUACACCAGCACUACCAGCCCUGAGACACUAUCUACCCAGUAACUCUGACCCUCUUUGGACGAGAGCAACGUCCUUCCUUACUAAAAACUGCUUCUUGCCUUAUAUGGAUACCCUGUGUACAGAUUAUUUUCUUUAUUAGGGAUGAGAGUUCUGCAAACAUGUGAAUAUCUGUUUCAGAGCUCAUUAUGUUCACAGUUUCCCAAUACACUAAGUGCUUUUAUUAAAUGUAUUUUAUUGGCUUGGGGUUGUCAAUCACACAAUUAUUGUGAGCAAUUAUUGUCACCGACAAUUUCAUAAUCUGUCCUGGUGAGCUCUGAAACAUAAAAAUCUGUGGAACUCUUCUCAUCCCUGUUUUAACCACAGCCUCCUUUCAGAAAUCUGUCCUGUGUGGACUUAAGUGUGCUCUAGCACCAGACCCUGACCAAACUCCUUCCUCCUUUCAACUCUAGCUGAUGAAGGGGGGUAAGUUCUUGCUCAUGAAUCGGCCCUGGUUGAACUACUGUGCACAGAGGAAUUUCCCGUUGUCUCAGAUCUCCUCCUAGAAGCAGAUCAGUAUGUGUUUUGCACUCAACACAGUAGUCUGCUCUUUCUCAUACCUUUCCCGAGGUCUGUGACCUUUCCUGUCCGACUAUCCGCUAUUGUGUUUAAAUAGGAAUAAGGAAUCUCAUCAGAGUGUUAUGUGGCAGAUGUAAAUGGGUGAUUAGUGAGUGAUGCAUUGUGGGAAAGGCUUCCCAAGCCUCCACACGGGUGUCGCUCUGUCCUGCUCUCCUCCUUUCACAUUGGUUUUGGUUUGUUUUAAAGGUGUUUAGGAUUAGGGCUGAUAAAUCAGAUGGUUCCUUCGUAAUGUAAUUCUGAAAAUAUUCAGAUAUCCAGAAAAAAAAUAAUAAAAAUAAUUGCUUUCAAACUUGAUCUUCCUUGCCAGGAUAGGGCAAAAAAACAGUGCAUGCUGGGUAUAAUGCUGUUUAUCCUUUGCAGUUAUGAAUAACCUGUAGCUUGUCUGUUUUACAGGGGCUGUGCAUACUGGAGUAGCAAUUCUGUAAUCGUAUGUCUACAGAAACUAUUAGCCUGAUAGCAGUAUGACUUGUUUGGGCUCAUAUAUAAGGAACAGACUUUGUGGGUCACUGGACAGUAGGCUGAGGAAACAUCCCUUGUCCGUUAGCGGUUUGGCCUCAUAUAAGACUAGCUCGUUCCACUGGAAUAUGCUGCAUGUUUAAUGUACAACUGUCAGUAAAACAUUUUUUUUGUAA